GCGCUGUCACCCUGACAACUGCGACUCAGCGCAGCGCUAGGCGCUCCAGGAAGAAUGUCAGGGGACGCUGGCUUUAAAUCAUCCAUUCCGGGUUCACCAGGUGGACCCGAGGGCGGCGAUAUUUGGAGAAUGCAGGGGGAGCAGCGCCAGCCAGCCAGGGUCGUUGUCGCAGGGCAGGGCUGCUGCUUCGCUCUCUCUCUCCUCCCCACCCAGCGAGUUUAUUCUCCGACUGGAAUGGGUUUCGUCAUCCUCUCCAGCGUAUUCCCUUCUACUUCUUCAAAGUUCUUUUCCCUCCACCGAACACUAACUCGUCCCAGCUGUGUCUUUGUAGGUUUACCUCAGCAGGUUGCUGUCUCAGCCUGUGACAUCCUGGUUCCUUGCUUAUUUCCUGAGUUUUACAGUUGUGAAUUUGCACGCGUGGAGUUUCGCCUGUGGGAAGUCGCUGUGCAGUGCUCAGCGCUGCAGACUGAGCCGAGGCCUUGAGAUAGGGGCACCUGUCCUACCGCUGUGCCACACAGCCCCUCCGAGACUCCCUUCCACUGCCCGAUGGGCCGUCACGGGUCACUCGGUCAUUAUCUGCCUCCUCGGACCAGGCAGUGAAGCUCAGGUCACAUCCUGCACACUCGUGGCUCGCUGGGCGCCUGCUGAAGGAAAGAACAGCCCCCCCGGGGCAGUUCGACCCCCGGUACCAAGAAAACAAAACAAGACAAAGUACUUUCUUCAUACCGCCUACAUUUGCACUCACUGGUUAGGAAAAUUCAGCAACUGACUCAGGACGAAGGGGCAGAGAACUAACGUGCUCGGGACAUGAUUUCAGGCUCUAGAUAUUUUCCCAGAGAAGGGGGAGGAGUCAGUUACUGGGAUAGGAUAACAACAGCUACUGUUGACUGGGUGCUCCUCUGUACCAGGCCCUGAUCUCACUGUGUGCCACGCUUUAUCGCAUGUCACCCUCACAGCUCUGUGGGAGGGGCUGAGGCAGUCGUGGCAGAGGGCAGUGACUUAGCGGACGUAGAGCCCAGGGCGCACUGAGCAGCCUGGGAGGUGCCCAGCCUGGUUGUAGGUACCAGCCCCUGCAGGCUUUCUUUAUGACUGGUGCGGAGCCCUCCUACGGAGCUACAUCCCUAACCCUUUUCAUUUUGGGGCAGGGUCUCGCCAAGUU